AUGUUUUAGUCAGGUUUAAUGGUUUAAAGCCUAAAACCUUCGAUAAACGAAUCAAAACAAGAGUUAGCAAGUCGGUACGUUAAUUAAGUGACGGGAAUCAAAAUUAUGGAUACGGCUACGCUUAAUCAACUGAUGUAAUUUAAACUACUCUGUUUACACUAGCAUCAGGUCCCCUGGUUACGUUAAGUGAUUCCGGUACAUUAAGUCAAUUUGAGGUUACGUUAAUGUAGCUAACUAACGUUAGCUCCACGGGGACAGCCCGGACUGCAGCUGCAGCCGUGUCAAACAACCUCCAACUAGUAGCAGCUUUCAAGGGAAAGAUGGCGACCAGAGUCCUUCAAAGAGUGGGCAAAGGCCUCAAACAGACGAAAAAUGGGCUUCAGACGAACGGGAAGGUCACGGUUGUCGUAAGGAGCCUUUCAGCUUUCCGUGAAGACAGCUGGUUCAAGUCCCUGUUUGUUAGAAAGGUUGACCCCCGAAAGGACGCUCACUCUCAUUUGCUUGCCAAGAAGGAAGACAACAAUCUGUACAAAAUACAGUUUCACAAUGUCAAGCCUGAGUGCCUUGAUGCUUACAAUGAACUUUGUGCGGCUGUUUUGCCUUCCAUUCACGCUGACCCUGAAUAUUCUUGCGAGCUUGUGGGCACCUGGAACACAUGGUACGGAGAGCAGGAUCAGGCAGUUCACCUGUGGAGAUAUCGGGGAGGAUACCCGGCUCUCACCGAAGUCAUGAACAAACUCAGGCAGAAUAAGGAGUUUACAGACUACAGGAAAGAGAGGGGGAAGAUGUUGCUGUCUCGUAGGAACCAGCUGCUGCUGGAGUUCAGUUUCUGGAAUGAACCUGUCCCUCGUCCAGGACCCAACAUCUAUGAGCUCCGAUCAUACCAACUCAGGCCAGGAACGAUGAUCGAGUGGGGAAAUUACUGGGCGCGUGCGAUUGCGUUUCGCCAGGAGAACCAAGAGGCAGUGGGAGGCUUUUUUUCACAGAUUGGAAGUCUGUACACGGUUCACCAUUUAUGGGCUUACAAAGAUCUUCAGUCCAGAGAAAACACCAGAAAUGCAGCCUGGCAGCGUGAAGGCUGGGAUGAGGUUGUUUAUUACACAGUCCCUCUUAUUCAGCACGUGGAAUCUAGAAUAAUGAUUCCCAUGAAAAAUUCGCCCUUGAUGUAACCAUAACCACCGGGGGAACCCCUCAACAGACACUGCAACUGUUGCACUACACAUCUGUGGAGAGUGUAACCAACCAUCAGAGUGCACUGCCGGGGAAAUCUGCAUAACAUCAACAUGUUUCAGUUUUUGUUUUCUUUUUCUUCUUUCUUUCUUUACUCCACUUUUCUGUGUGGGCCUAGAAUGUCUUAUUUCAGAUGAUGAGGUUAAAAUGGCUAUCAUCAAAACUAUAUCUGUUACUGUGUACUGUGUUACUGAUCCAUUAAUGUGCUUUGUGUAGACAAAAUACAAUUUGACAUGCCCCUCCUCUUCACUGUCUCUAUCUUUUAAAGGGUCAGAUUUUAAGAGCUGUGUCUUAUUUUUUUAUGAUGAGUUGCGAUACUUGGAAGAGAUCAAACAUUUAGCACUUCAAGUGCUGGUCACAGGGUCUGAAAAUGUCAGCCCUGUUGCACUAGCAUUGAUAACAAAUCAAAGAAAAGUGACUGCCUAGAGUAUCUCACAACAAAAACACUGUUCCAGAGCUCAUAGUUCACUAUCAAUAUGAAUUGGAUAAGCUUCUUUAAAUGUUACAGGUGAUGGUCAGUUUACAAAGAGGAGCAUGCUAUUUACAAAUCAGUGUUCUGAAAUAGACAAUAUAUAGGUGAUUGUCAAAGACAGAGGGCUGAGUUGUAGGGCCACAGUCAGACUCUAGCUUUAUAUUCAGGACCGGUUCAAAGGUUCCCUGUUUGUGUCUCCUCUGUUAAACUGACCACAUCUCCAGAUUCUUUUCUAACUUUAACAUCAUGACGCUUCUGGCUCCUCCAGCUGUGGAGAGUGUGAUAAGAUGAUUCAAAUGAUUAGAAAAUGUUUCUGCAGAACUAAUCAUUAUCUACAACCUGCUGUACACUGACUGGUUUGACAUAUCCCUCUAUCAAGCAAUUAAUGCCAACGGGUGAUUGUGUGCUCUAAAUGAGAUUAAUGGUUUUUUUUAAAUGGUCAGAUUGUAGAUAUCCAUAGUGGGUUUAUUGACCAAGCCAGAUAUAUGGUUAAUCCUGUAUCUGUAAAUGAAGUGGGGUAUUCUUAACUAUUUGAUUUUAAUAAACAAGUGGACAGGAGUAAUAUCUCAUUGUGGUAAAUGUGAAUUGCAGUGCUUUAAUAUGAUUAGUUGUACAUAUGGAAUUAAACUUCUGAUGAAAAUGUUAAA